UGGUAUUGUAGCAUUAUGGUGUUGGUGAGGGCUGCAUGUCUGGUUCUUUUCAGAAGCAUUAACACCAUGGCACAGCACAGAUUCAUUGAUAUCGGUGUGAACCUGACAGAUCCGAUGUUCAGAGGCCUCUACAGGGGGAAGCAAAAACAUGAUGAUGACUUCAGUCACAUCAUCGACAGAGCUCUGCAAAUCGGAGUCGAGAAGUUUAUGAUCACGGGAGGAAACCUUGAAGACAGCAAGGAAGCCCUGAAGCUAGCAGAGACAAGAGAUGAGUUCUACUGCACGGUCGGCUGCCAUCCCACCCGCUGCAGUGAAUUUGAGCAGAAUGGAGAAUCUCAGUACUUCUCAGGGCUGAUGGAUCUGGCAGCAGCACACAAAGGGAAGGUGGUGGCUGUUGGAGAGUGUGGAUUAGAUUUUGACAGGUUGGAAUUUUGCCCAAAAGAGACUCAACUCAAAUACUUUGAGAAACAGUUUGACCUGGCAGAGGAAACCAAGCUGCCCAUGUUCCUCCACUGCAGAAACUCCCAUCAGGAGUUCAUCGACAUCAUGAAGAGAAAUCGAGACCGAUGUGUUGGUGGAGUGGUCCACUCUUUUGAUGGGACGGCUGAAGACGCUGCAGCUCUCAUUGACCUGGACCUCUACAUUGGAAUAAAUGGAUGUUCCUUGAAAACAGAAGCCAAUAUCGAAGCAAUGAAGUCAAUUCCCACUGAGAGGCUCAUGAUAGAAACAGAUGCUCCGUGGUGUGGUGUGAAGAACACUCAUGCAGGCUCCAAACAUGUUAAAACUACGUUUCCCACAAAGAAGAAAUGGGAGGCAGGACACUGUCUGAAGGACAGAAAUGAACCCUGUCACAUCAUACAAGUUCUGGAGGUGAUGGCAGCUUCAAGGGAAGAGGAUCCACUGGAGCUGGCCAACACGAUCUACAACAACACCAUCAAAGUGUUCUUCAGCUCGAGCUGAUAAUAAGUGACACUGACCGAUAUGCCCUUAAUUUACUUUUAUGUAAAUGUGUCUGUUUGUGUGUGUGACUGGAAUAUUUGGUCCAUGGGUGAAACUUUCUAAUUUUGAAAAGUCAAACAUCUUCCAAUCUGUCUUUUCUGAAAUAAAAAACUACAUUUUUCUGUA